AUGGUUAUACUGCAGAUGAGAUUGGGGCAAUGGCACUACGGAAUACCUGUCCUCGACCAGGGAUGCGACGCAGCUGAUCACGACAGGAGAGUGGGAAUGGUGGAUUGGUCAUGGGUACUCAUUCUGGAGCUCCUCUCUGCAAUUGUUGGCAUCGUCGGAAACUUCCUUGUGAUCGUUGUUCUCUUUCAGCGUCGACGAUUAAGCAGAUCGACGGAUACCUUGAUCGGCGGCCUAGCCUGUGCGGACUUUCUAACUUCAGUGUUCCUUGUACCCAUCCCUUGGCCGGCGUACAUUCCUAAGACCUGGUUGGGUGAGGUCUACUGCAGACUUGUCUUCACACAAAGCCUACUCUGGUCAUCCAUCACGGCCUCCACCUACCUGCUGAUGUCUAUAUCCGUCGAACGGUACAUCGCACUGAUCUUCCCCCUUCACUUCAAACGCCUUAUCACUCGACGUCGUGUCUCGAUCUUUAUCGUAAUCAUUUGGUUCCUUUCCGUCUUUUCCAGCGUCUUCGUUUUCAUCGUGUACGGUGUAGACGACGCAACAAACCAGUGCACCGAACAGUACACAUUCGCCAAUGCGCAAACCAUCAUUGCCUACUACUGGUUUUGCCUCCGACUCGCCGUCCCUUGCCUCACAAUGCUCGUCAGCCAGAUUCUUAUUGCUCGCAAUCUCAGCCAACAAUCCCGCAGCUUCAAAGACAUCACCCAUGCCGGAAACAAAGCAUCGUCAGUCCACAUCGUGGCCAGAAAUCGCGUUCUGAAGCUAAUGCUGACCGUCAUCAUCAUCUACAUCGUAUGCUGGACCCCGAACCAGAUUGCCUACCUCGGUUACAACCUCGGCUGGGUUCCUCAAUCCUAUCUGAACAGCUCCCUCCAUCGUAUGCUCACCGUGCUUGGUUUCUACAACUCUUGCGCCAAUCCCAUCAUCUAUGUGGCAAGGUAUCCUGAGUUCAGAAGCGCUCUUAAGGACAUGUUCACCUGCAAAUCUGCCAAAAAUGCCCCGCUCUUUGAUAAAAUGGACAUGUCAAAGAACAUCUCGAUGUCGAAAGCUGACAUUGACAGUGUUUGA